AUGAGAAUUCACACUGGCGAAAAACCAUAUUCUUGUGACCGCUGUUCUAAGGCAUUUACCAGUUCUACUCGACUAAAGACUCAUUUUCGAGUCCAUAGUGGCGAAAAACCAUAUUCCUGUGAAUUAUGUUUUAAGACAUUCUCUGACCCUUCAGUUUUUAAGAAACAUUUGAGAGUUCACACUGGCGAAAAGCCGUAUUCUUGUGACCGUUGUUCAAAUUUAUAUCGAACUUCUCACCAACUAAAGCUUCAUUUGAGAAGCCAUACCGGAGAAAAGCCAUAUGCUUGUGACCGUUGUUCAAAGUCAUUUCCUAGUUCUUCCCAAUUAAAGCUUCAUUUGAGAAGCCAUACCGGAGAAAAGCCAUAUUCUUGUGACAGUUGUUCAAAGUCAUUUCCUAGUUCUUCCCAAUUAAAGCUUCAUUUGGGAAGCCAUACCGGAGAAAAACCAUAUUCUUGUGACAGUUGUUCAAAGUCAUUUUCUAGUUCUUCCCAAUUAAAGCUUCAUUUGGGAAGCCAUUGCGUAAAAAAGCAAUAUUCUUGUGACCUAUGUUCAAAGUCAUUUCUUCGUUCUUCCCAGUUAACAAUUCAUUUAAGAAGCCAUAACGACGCAAAGCCACAUUCCUGCAAAGUCUGUUCAAAGGCAUUUUCUAAAGCUUCAACUUUACAGCGACACAUGCAAGUUCACACAAAACGCUAUUCCUGUGAAUUGUGCUCAAAGACAUUUGCUACUGCUUCAGGUUUCAAGUAUCAUGUUGCAGUCCAUGGCGGUGAAAAGAAACAUGUGUGUAAAUGUUGUUCAAAGGCUUAUUCUCGAAGAUCAUGUUUAUGGCGACACAUGAAAAUUCACACUGGUGAAAAGCGAUAUUCUUGUGAAUAUUGUUCCAAGUUAUUUUAUGAUCUUACCAAAUUAAAGAUACAUUUGAGAGUCCAUACUGGCGAAAAGCCAUACUCCUGUCAACAUUGCUUAAAGGCUUUUUCCAACUCUUCAACUUUAAAAGUACAUAUAACAGUCCAUACUGGUGAAAAAGCCCAUCCUUGUGAAUACUGCUCAAUUGGAUUUUCUGAAAAGGCAAAGUUAAACGAACACAUUAGAGUCGUCCACAAUUUCGAAAAAUCAUUUUCUUGUGAAGUCUGCUCAAAAGCAUUUGGUUAUGCUACCCAUUUAAAGAACCACAUGAGAAUUCACACUGGGGAAAAACCGUAUUCUUGCGACCAUUGUCCAAAAGCAUUUACCAGUUCUUCUCGACUAAAGGCUCAUUUGCGAGUCCAUAGUGGCGAAAAGCCUUACUCCUGUGAGUUCUGUUUAAAGGCAUUUUCUGAUCCUUCAACUUUUAAAAGACAUUUAAGAGUCCACACUGGUGAAAAGCCGUAUUCCUGUGAGCACUGUGUGGAGGCAUUUUCAUUUUUUUCAAAUCUUAAGCAACACCUCAGAGUUCACACUGGCGAAAAACCUUGAUCGUUGUUAGAAUUUAUUUCCCAGUCCUUCCAGGGUUGGCAAAAACCCGGGUUUUUUUGAAAAAGCCCAUGGACCCAGGGUUUUUUGGGUUUUUUUAAAUAAAACCCAACUAAAGCUCGGUUUUUUUAAAGAAUUGUGGGUUUUUUUUGUCUUUUUUUAGGGAAAAUGUGGGAAACUUGUAGCAUAGUGUAGAGUAAGUUUAUGUACAAAGCACAAAAAUUGUCUUGGGUAAAAAAAGCUGGAAAAUUCAGUGUUUUCUGAAGUAAAGUAUAAAAGAUGACGAAACCCAAGAAUGGUGAAGUUUUAGAUUUUUUAGUUUCCAUGAUUACCAACAGUUAAGGCUAAGUUACUUCUCGAGUUUUAAAAUCUUCUGUUCGUUUUUAAUUACUACAUUUUUUUUUUGCAUUUUACUUUAUUGUAUUUCAUUUUGUUAUGCAAAAACUACGUAGAACCUCAUGUAGUUUAAAUCCCUUUUUACUGAAUUCCAGCUUAAUCAAGACAUUUUUUGAAUUUUAUGUUGCCUGUUUUUCUAUUUUUGUGUACAGAGUAAGAAAUAUUAAGCUUUUUCGUAAGAUAAUGAAAAUAAUGUACAUCCUAUUCUGUUUUCUGUCGAACCGUUUGUAAAACCUGUUAAUUUCUUUAAAAAUUACCUUGUUUAUUCGAGAUUUGUGACGUGUUGGUUUGCAGAAAAUAAUUCACAUGAAAGCCUUUUAGCUAGAGUAAUUUCCUCUGUACAAUCUACAAAUAUUGUGAAAAUAUCAAAUCAAGAUAAUUUGAGUUAUUUAUUGACCAGUUAAAGAAAACAGUUAAAUAUAUUUGUUUAAAAUCUUUGAAGUAUUUUCUUAAUGCCGUUAAGACUUAAGAAAUACUAUUAAAGUUCAAAAUUCUUUUUUUUUUUUUUGUUCAUUGUCUGUGGUGAAGAGCAACUAAAAAAGUUUGAAUUGUGAAAGUAUUUAAAUUAAUUAAUUUUUUUAAAAACUUCUCAGAAAAUUUUUAAAAAAAAAACCUAAAAGUGGACUAAAUAAUGGGUUCUUUCAAAAAAAACCCAUUGGGUCCAACCCAAUCGAGUCCAAUCUGGCCAACCCUGAGUCCUUCCCAAUCAAAAUUAAUUUGAGGGUCCAUGGUGACGAAAAACCAAAUGCCUUUUUAAUUUUGUUAAAAAGUUUUUUCCUGGUGAUUCAGCUUUUAAGUAUUAUUUCAGAGUCGACUCCAGCAGUAAAAGAAAAAAAAAAACUAUUCAUGCAAAUUUUGUUGAGAGGUAUGUUUUUUAAUCUGAUAUUAGUUUUCUGUGUCUGUAAAGGGAGUCAGCAAAUGGCAGUUGGUUUGGUUGGAAAAAUAAUACAGUUUAUGCCCUGAAAAUGGCGAGGCAUUGCUUUCUACACAAAGAGAGGUAUUACACUCGAGAAGGAAAAAUGAUGAAGAAAUCUAUGUCUGUUUGAAGAGUUUUAGAUAAUUAGUGUAUAUUUGGUUUUAGUGAGGUUUAAAUAAAGUGUUAUAUUUUGUUGA